AUCACAGAAAUCUCUCAGCUGAAGAAAGAGGUGACGUCACUGAAGGCAAAGCUGAUGGAGAGAGACGACAGGAGCUGGAAAAGGUUUCCUGUCAAUCUUCAGUGUGUGUGACUGAUAGGACCUCCACAGAAUGUCAGGAUUUAGUGUGGAGCGGCAGAGAUCAGUCCACACCACAGCGGCUGCUGGACAGACUCUCUGAACAGAGAUCUAGAGACACACAGGACUCACAGCUCACUUUACUCUGUUCUACUGAUGCUCAGGAGAGUGUGUGUGACAGUAAUCAGGGUGAUCAAACCUCCACAGAGUCUCUGACUUCUGUCUGUAAUGCUGGAGAACAGCAGAUGCUGCAGACACCAGUGAAGAUUGAAGUGAAGCAAGAGGAGAUUAAAGAAAACACAGCAGAGGAACAACAGAGUGAUGAAGAUGAUGAUGAACAGCAGAUGCUGCAGACACCAGUGAAAAUGUGUUCAGUGAAGCUGCUGGACUGCAGGAACCUGAUGAAGAUGAGAGGAGAAACCACAGCAGAGGAACAACAGAGUGAUGAAAAUGAUGAUGGAACCACAGCAGAGGAAAAACAGAGUGAUGAAGAUGAUUUUACUCCUUCAGAGUUGAUGAAAGAACAAGAUGAACCUCUAGAGCUGAAUGAAGUGGAGGAGGAACUUCAGGAUCAGAAACAUCAUGAUUUAACAACUGGAGAAAAAUCUUUGAGUGACUCAAAGAUUAAGAAGAAUUUAUCUCCAAAAAAAACUGGAAGUGUAGCCAAAAAUAAAUUCACCUGCACUCAAUGUGGAAAGUGUUUCACAUAUAAAAGCCAGUUUAAUACACACAUGAGAGCUCAUACAGGAGAGAGGCCUUACAUGUGCCAUUUGUGUGGAAAGAGUUUUCUUCUUAAAUCACAGCUUAAUGUGCACAUGAGAGUUCAUACAGGAGAGAGGCCUUACACGUGCCAUCGGUGUGGGACAAGUUUUGCACAUACACGAAAUCUCAGAUGUCAUCUUCGCCGUCACUCUGAAGAAAGACCAUUUCAAUGUGACAAGUGCGGUAAAACAUUCGUUUUGGCACAAUACCUAAAAAAUCAUCUGAAAACUCACACAAACGAGAAGCCUUACAAAUGUUUUUUUUGUGGAAAAAGUUUUUCAUGCCUGUCCAAUUUUAAAGAGCACCAGAAAAUACAUACUGGUGCGGGGGUUCAUAUGUGCUUUGAAUGUGGGAAGAUCUUUACUAAUGCCAGCAACUUGAAACAGCACCAAAUAAUUCAUACUGGAGAAAAACCAUACAGGUGCUCACACUGUGGAGAGCAUUUCACUCAUUCACAACAACUGAAAAUACAUGAGAGAAUUCAUACUGGAGAAAACCCUUACAGGUGCUCACACUGUGGAAAGAGUUUCACUCGGUUAGAAGAUCUGAAAAGGCACGAGAGAAUUCAUACUGGAGAGAAACCAUUCAAGUGCUCACACUGUGAAAAGAGUUUCACUCAGUCAGAAAACCUGAAAAGGCACGAGAGAAUUCAUACUGAAAAAAAACCUUUCAAGUGCUCACACUGUGAAAAGAGUUUCACUGUGUCACAAAACCUGAAAAGACACGAGAGAAUUCAUACUGGAGAAAAACCAUUCAAGUGCUCACACUGUGGAAAGAGUUUCACUCAGAUAGAAGAACUGAAAAGGCACGAGAGAAUUCAUACUGGUGAAAAACCUUACAAGUGCUCACACUGUGAGAAGGGUUUCACUCAGUCACAACACCUAAAAACACAUGAGAGAAUUCAUACUGGAGAGAAACCAUACAAGUGUUCACACUGUGGAAAGAGUUUUACUCAGAUAAAAGACCUGAAAAGGCAUGAGAGAAUUCAUACUGGAGAAAAACCUUACAAGUGCUCACACUGUGAAAAGAGUUUCACUGUGUCACAAAACCUGAAAACACACGAGAGAAUUCAUACUGGAGAGAAACCAUACAAGUGCUCACACUGUGGAAAGAGUUUCAGUCAGAUAAAACACCUGAAAAGGCAUGAGAGAAUCCAUACUGGAGAAAAACCUUACAAGUGUUCAUAUUGUGGAAAGAGUUUCACUCGGUUAGAAAACAUGAAAACACACGAGAGAAUUCAUACUGGAAAGAAACGAUUCAAACUGUGUUCAAACUGUUGAAGGGGUGGAUUUUUGAAAUCCUUUUGUAUUUGCAAGUUCUACCCUAUCUUUUAUCAUCCUCAUAUAUAUUUUUAUUAUAUUAAUACAUUUUCUGUUUUUCUUUUACUGUAAUAUGCAAGUAACAUAUAUUUGAGGGGUGAAUGGAAGGUCUGAUUUGGAUGCCAAAAAUACAAUAAAAGGGAUUAUUUAUUUAGCCUGGCUCCCAGAGAAUAUGCAUUUAUAUUGUACUGUCUUUGUUUACAAACAUAUAUAUCUGUUAUAAGAAGACAAACAUUAUGGUCUUUCAGAAAAAGCCCAGAUGUCAGGAACACAGAUACCAGUUCUCUCUAGGUAGCACCGCACUAGAGCACAAGAUGCAGUAUAUGUACCUUGGCCUGAUUAUCACUGCAUCAGGGAGCUUCAGUAAGGCAGUGAAUGCACUUAAAGAAAAAGCUCGAAGAGCUCUAUGUACUAUAAUAUUGAAUUACCUGUUUGUCACCCAAUUGUUCACCACAGUGAUUCUCAAUACAUGUAUGUGUAUGACUAUGUGUAUACAGUAUGUAAACAUGUUAGUGAUCUUCAGUUUUAUGUCAACACUGUGAUCUUCUGCCAUUCAGGAAUUGUAUAAUAUGUUAUGUUUAACUUUCAUGAAAUUAUUGUUUUAUUUUUAUUUUUUAAAAUACAACCUCUGCUUUGGCAAUAUUAUAUUAUUCACAGUCAUGCCAAUAAAGCCAUUUUAGACAGAUAGAUACUUCAGACAGAGAUACAGUUGUGCUCAAAUGUUUGCAUACCCUGGCAGAAAUUGUAAAAUUUUGGCAUUGAUUUUGAAAAUAUGACUGAUCAUGCAAAAAAGCUGUCUUUUAUUUAAUGAUAGUGAUCAUAUGAAGCCAUUUAUUAUCACAUAGUUGUUUGGCUCCUUUUUAAAUCAUAAUGACAACAGAAAUCACCCAAAUGGCCCUGAUCAAAAGUUUACAUACCCUUGAAUGUUUGGCCUUGUUACAGACACACAAGGU